AUGGUUGAACACAGGCACGGUGCCCUUCAACCGAACAUCAUCAGAGAGGACCAGUCCUCCUCUGCAGGAGCUACGUUCUCUGGCCUACAGACAGCGCAAGCUGCGCAAGUCUCGGAAGCAAACAGUGAAAGAAAUGUUGAGGCCUUUGAGAGCCGAGAACCACAAGGCUCUGGCCUUUCCACAGAGGAAUCACAGAAUCCUCGCGAAGGUGAGUGUCCCUUGCCGCCUCCGACCAAGUCGAAGGCCCGAAAGCGACGGGGCCAUGGAUGGUCUCGUAGGAAAGCUUCGAGGUCGAAUCCGAGUAAGAAUUCUGAAGGCGGAGCUAUUCCCACCAACAAGGAACGCCGAAUAGGCGAGGCGGAUGCUAAAGGUCAUAAGCUCAGGUCAAGAACGCGACAGCGCGUCACUGAACCAGUUGCAAGACCAUCUAGCGUCGUUCCUACUGUAUCCGAAGGCCUGCCAACUGUAAGAAACAUACGGAGUUUGCGAUCCCACAACAUCGUCAUGCCUGCCGCAAAUGGUGGAACGACGCGCGACCGGGAGACGAAUAGGACUAUCCAGACGGCUGUGCCAGGUUGGACGGUGGAAAGGCCGAGAGUCGAUGGCACACAGUCCACAGAGCCAGAGUCCACUCCGGUCAAAAUCGAGGAGGAGGAGGAUCAAAUGGAUUUCCAGCUUUACUCACCAGGUCCCUCUAAUUACUUUUCAGAGGUAUCAGUAAAUACACCGACGAGCGAGAGCGUGUUCCAGUACGACAGCGACCCGGGGACGCCAGGGUUAAUGGCUGAGGGCAACGAGAACCGGCCAGGCGAAAGCAAUGCACUACACUCAACACCUGUUCAAACGCUGUGUAUGCAGUCCAUUGAGAGAUUACCCAGAAUCGUUACUCCAGGGACAAUCCAGCCGUACUGGGCGACUGAGGAAGGCGACGAGGAAGAAGAUGAGAACGACGCAUCGGAGUCCGUUGUUGUAGUCAACAGAGAAAGAUCGAUAGCUCCGAGCCCUCCAUCUCUUUCUCCUUCGCACCCCGGCGUGCGUGGCUCUCAAAGUCGCACAAGUCAGCUCACUACCCCAAUCCUCCUACACAACAAGAGUUCCCCGGAACGACUCCCUCCUCAGCGCGCCAUUUACACGACAGAGCAUAAUGCUGUUCAGGCCUCUCGCAUCGAAGCAACAAACAGCAAUGAGACACCAUUAACGCAUUCAGGGCGUUCGCGUACCAAGUGGCGCCGUCUAAAAGAUGCCUCUGAAAGCUCCACCAACGUUUCCACCAAUGCCUUCAGCACCACCACGGGAAGCGUCGGUGCUUUUCAACCUAACAUCACUAUAGAGGACCAGUUCUCUAAUACCCAAGCCGUGCAGAUCGUCAAAACAGAAAGUACAAAAAAUAACAGUCAUGAGCCACAAGGCUCGGGCAUUUCCAGCGAAAGCUCACAAAAUCCUUGUAAAGCCGAAGGCUCGCAAGAGACGCGGGCAUGGGUAGAGUCGCAGAAAACUGCAAGGACAUCUACCCAAGGUUGUGCUGUCCAGAUGGGCAGAAAGCACCGAGUCGAGAGCACGAAUGGCGAAGAAGACGAGCCUAGGCCAACAAAGGGGCAGCAUACCAGUGAAGCUGCAGCUGCGAUCACGCAGCACCAUCCUUUCGUCCUUCCUGAUGAUCUUGCAAACUCGGGAAGGGGCGAGAGCAACAGGAUAGCGAGGUCGCCAUCCCUACACCGUCAAUCGGCGAUAGAAGAUAUGCCAGCCAUUGGGGUAGACUUCACACUGAUAAAAAUGGAGGAUGAAGAGGAGGAUUACCUCUUCGACACACUGCUACCUUGUGAUUGGAGCAUGCUGAUACUGGAAACUGAACCAACAAGUGAGGUUACAUUCCUUGUCAUAAGAAUGCCACGGGUACAGUCGGUGGACGCCCAAUCCUUUGAUGAAUCCCUCAUACUUGUUCCUUCGGGAACGAUAGAGGAAGUGACACCACUGGACGAGUUGGUGGCCAUUGCGGAUGAGGACGAGGACGAGGGCGAAAUUGAUGACAAUGUUUCGGGUUCUCUCAUCUCUGUCGAUAGAGAAAGAUUGAGGGCUCCCAGCCCGCCAACCCUUCCUCCAUUGCUCCCUGUCUUACGAUUCACUAUUCUACAAUGUGGCGAAGAAGCAUACAACCUUUGGGCUAGUAUAAGCGUGGCCCUCAAUUCCAACAAGUCAACUUCCCCUCCGCACCCAACAUCAAGAAAUCCCCAUAACCCAUUCCCGUUGUCUAACAUAUCAAGCAUAAUGGUUUUCACUCGUAAUAUGACGAGGCAACUUCCAGCAGCCGAAACGACUAGUAUUAAUGAAGCCGGUAACAACGAUGUAUUGUUAGUGCAGCCAAACCGUUCGCCCGUUGCCCAUCCCAGAAGCAGCCCCCAGACAACCACCGGAAGGAGUACUGCCGUCUAUGACAAUGCGGUCGAAGGCUCCGCCGAAGUCCGGACCAAUGCCUUUAGCACCGACACGGGGAGCCACGGUGCACUUUCAACGAACAUUAUCACAGAGGACCAACCCCUCUUGGCAGGAGCUUGGUUCUCUAACCUACAGACUGCGCAAGUCUCCGAAGUAAGAAGUGAAAGAAAUGAUAGGCCCCUUGUCAGCCGACAGCCACAAGGCUCUGGCCUUUCCAUUGAUGAAUCACAGAAUCCUUGUGAAGAUGUCUCUUCCCCGCCUCCGACCAAGCCGAAAUCCCGCAAGCAACGCGGCCAUCGGUGGUCUCGUAAGAAAGCUUCGAGGUCGAGUCCGAGUAAAAAUUCUGAAGACAGCGCUAUUCCCACCAGCAAGAAACGCCGAAUAGGCGAGGCGGAUCAUGAACUCGGGGCAGGAAAGCGGCAGCGCAUCACUGCAGCAGUUGCAGAACCAUCUAGUGUCGUUCCUGCUGUAUCCGAAGGCCCGCCAAUUGUAAGAAACAUACGGAGUUUGCGAUCCCGCAACAUCAUCAUACCUGCCGCAAAUGGUGGAACGACGCGCCACCAAGAGACGAAUAGGGCUAUGCAAAUAGCCGAACCAGGUCUAACGGUGGAAAAACCAACAGUUAACGACGCACAGUCCACAGAGCCAGAGUCCACUCUGGUCAAAAUCGAGGAGGAGGAUGAAACGAAUUUCCUGUUUUACGCACCAGGUCCCUCUAAUUAUUUGCCAGAGGCACCAGUGAAUACAACGACGAGCCAGAGCGUGUUCCAGUACGAUAGCAGCCCAGGCACGCCAGGGUUAACGGCUGAGGACAACGAGAAUCGGGGAGGCGAAAGCAAUUCACUAGACUCAACACCUGUCAUGACGCUGCAGGCGCAGUCCAUCGAAAGAUCACCCUCAAUUGUUACUCUGGGGACAAUCGAAGAAGACCAGUCUUACUGGGCGGCUGAGGAAAGCGACGAAGAAGAAGACGAAAACGAUACGUCCGAGUCUGUUGUUUACAACAACAGAGAAAGAUCGAUGGCUCCAAGCCCUCCAUCUCUUUCUCCUUCGCAUCCCGCCGUGCGUCCCGCGACCCCCCGGCGUGUCGAGGAGCCUCAGAGGGACCUGCAUUGGGUACUGGUCGCGAGAGUAGAGCCGCUUAGCGGCCGUGAUUCUCUUCCUCGUAUUCUGGUGCUGAAAGGGCAUCCAUGUCGUCCAUGUGGUUCAGAAAUGGCCUAUCGCCGGCUGGCCGCUUUCUUCUUGAUAGAGAAUAACUCUCUGACGCUAUCCGAAGUUCAACCAGGUCGUCCGCCUCAACGCAGAGUUGUACAAGCAGCUGUCACCAGAGAUAUACAUCAAUACCUCGCCAGCGUCCUCGAAAACACACCAAUGCAACAACUAUUCCAUGGACUACCAAGUUGGGCGUCUGCGCAACAUCGUUGGCUUUUGUCCUUUUCUUCCUCGACUCGACACGCACGCGCGUUGACCCCCGCGCUCCACUUUCUCGCUCUCACGACCGCACUAGCUCUUUCCUCAUCCUUCCAGUGGCAAUUCUUUCCCUCUGUACUCGCGCUUGUAUCUGUACUUCGUGUUCCAUUCCUUUCUGUUCCGUUUUAUUUCCGUUUCGCAGUUCCUAUGGACUCGCCUCACUUCAAUGCCUCCAGAUACUCUGGCGAACGUGAAGAUGAUUCGCUAGCAUUUGAACUGAUAGAAAUAAUUUUAGUCUAUCGGAUAGUGACUCACGGAACCGAGCUUAAGGUCCGACAGGAAGGGGCUGUCCUGUGCAAGAUUCAGCGAAAAGGUUUCACUAGUGGUCAAGAUGAAGGUCGGCGAGAAACAUCGCAAGGGCGCUGUCUCAAAGCGUUUUUCAUGGCAGUGAUAUCGAUCCAUGAAGUUUCGAGCACUUUUCGUGGCGGGUCCAGCCGAAAUCGAUGGGAUUUCUAUCGGUGA